AUGGGAAGCGUGCGAGCCCACCGCUAUAGCAUUGUGUCCUCGGAAGAAGAUGGAAUGAAGCUGGCCACGAUUGGCAUGCCAAAUGGCUAUGGUAAUGGUAAUGCUGGGGGUAAGGUGCACACGCAUCAUCAAACUCAGAGCCGUUUCGUGAACAAAAACGGACACUGCAACGUGCAGUUUAUCAAUAUGAGCGAAAAGGGUCAGCGUUACCUGGCUGACAUUUUCACAACAUGCGUGGACAUCCGUUGGCGUUGGAUGUUGGUUAUCUUCUGCCUGUCCUUCCUCCUCUCCUGGCUCCUCUUUGGUUUUGUGUUUUGGCUGGUUGCAUUGUCAUAUGGAGACUUAGACAAUGAGGAACAGAUAUGUGUUUCGAACGUUGACAGUUUCACAGCGGCCUUCUUGUUCUCUGUGGAGACUCAGACUACCAUUGGUUAUGGCUACCGCUACAUAACUGAGGAUUGCCCCAUUGCUGUCUUCAUGGUGGUCUUCCAGAGCAUUGUGGGAUGCAUCAUUGAUGCAUUCAUCAUUGGUGCAGUCAUGGCCAAAAUGGCUAAGCCCAAGAAAAGAAACGAGACGCUGGUAUUUAGCCAUUAUGCUACAAUCGCCAUGAGGGACACUAAACUGUGUCUGAUGUGGAGGGUGGGAAACUUGCGAAAGAGCCACCUGGUGGAAGCUCAUGUUCGUGCACAGCUCCUCAAGUCCCGCACCACUGCUGAGGGGGAAUAUAUACCUCUGGAUCAGAUCGACAUUGAUGUUGGCUUUGACACUGGUAUUGACCGUAUAUUCUUGGUGUCCCCCAUUACUAUCAUUCAUGAGAUCGAUGAAGACAGUCCAUUCUACGACAUGAGCAGGCAGGAGUUGGAAAGCUCUGAAUUUGAGAUAGUGGUCAUUCUGGAAGGUAUGGUAGAAGCCACUGCCAUGACCACACAGUGUCGCAGCUCUUACAUAGCUAGUGAAAUUUUGUGGGGCCACCGGUUUGAGCCUGUUCUUUCUGUGGAGAAAAAUUACUACACUGUGGACUACUCCAAGUUUGAGAACACUUAUAAGGUUCCCAGCACUCCACAAUGCAGUGCCAGAGAACUUGCAGAGAAAAAGUACAUCAUGUCUGCCUCCAACUCCUUUUGUUAUGAGAAUGAAAUAGCUCUCAUGGAUAAAGAAGACAUGGAUGAUGAGGAAGAGCAUGAGGAAGUAAAGAAUGACCUCUUUGGUGAGAAUGUGGUGUUGGAGGAUGCAAACACUGAACUGGUCUCAGAAACAGCGUCCAGUCAGGAAACUGUACUUUUGGAGCCCAGACCGCUGAGAAGAGAAUCUGAAAUCUGAUUGGGAAAGUAUGUUAGUCUAGUAGACCAAAGAUAGAAAUGAUGAGAGGAUAUGCAUAUAUGGUAACUAGUACAUUGUUGCAGUCAAAAAAGCCUUGUAUCUACAAAAUGGAAACAUGAUAGGAAAAGGAAAAUGUUCUUAACUUUCAUGUACGUUGAAGCUAAUGAGACUUUAUUCCAAGAUAUUUUGUUAAUUAUGGUAAAUUGACAAGAUUUGAGGAAUGUUGGGCCAUUUCUAUUGUGCAUGAAAUCUGCAUACAAUAAAAAGAGCGGCUGGCGUUUUCUUAUGAAAGGAA